CCCUGUUUGCUAGUGCUGAUACUGCAUAUGUCCUAGCAUACUCAAUUAUCAUGCUAACCACAGACUUGCACAGCCCUCAGGUAAAAAAUAAAAUGACAAAAGAACAAUACAUUAAAAUGAAUCGGGGUAUCAACGAUAGUAAAGAUCUCCCGGAAGAAUAUCUGUCAAGCAUCUAUGAAGAAAUAGAAGGCAAGAAAAUUGCCAUGAAAGAAACAAAAGAGCAUACGAUCGCGACCAAAUCUACUAAGCAGAGCGUAGCUAGUGAAAAACAGAGACGGCUGCUGUACAACCUGGAGAUGGAGCAAAUGGCUAGAACAGCCAAAGCUCUGAUGGAGGCUGUGAGCCAUGCCAAGGCCCCAUUCACCAGCGCCACUCACUUGGACCAUGUCCGGCCAAUGUUCAAACUGGUGUGGACGCCGCUGUUGGCAGCCUACAGCAUCGGACUGCAGAACUGUGACGAUACGGAGGUGGCCUCCCUGUGUCUGGAGGGCAUCCGAUGUGCAAUCCGGAUUGCCUGUAUCUUUGGAAUGCAGUUGGAGCGAGAUGCCUAUGUUCAGGCUCUUGCUCGCUUCUCCCUGCUGACGGCCAGCUCCAGCAUCACCGAAAUGAAGCAGAAAAACAUCGACACCAUAAAGACGCUCAUAACAGUGGCACACACCGAUGGCAACUACCUUGGGAACUCCUGGCAUGAGGUGCGUUUCCUUUGAAAGCCUGGCAAAUGC